AUGAUGAACCAUCCUGCCUUCUCUAUUGACCCUAGGUUAAUGGCAUCAGCCAUUGUACAACAGCAACAACAGUCAUUUCGUGCAGCUCAAGCUGCCAGAGCUGAUGAGGCGCAAGAAGUUGCCAAUUUCCUCCUCCAACUGAAACAUCGAAACGUGCAGCAGCAAGUACCAGGCCACCACACGCUGAGUCAACUGGAAGCAGCACGACUGCCAUUACAGCACUCUCAAGCAGCACGAGCUGCUGCUCAAUUGCACAAACUACCUCUUCCAUAUCCUUUGGGCUCUCUUUACGGCUACCCUACAUCUCGACUAGAACAAGCUCUUCUGGAGCGAUCAGCUGGUGCGAAUCAAGCUGUGGCGCUUUUGGAUCGUGAAAGAGCCUUAUUGGCUGCAGAGCGCACUCCUGCUCUCCUCGAGGAGACUCCAGCCUUUGAUCCUUCCUGGGAAAGGUUACUCGAAGGUAGUGACCUUGUGCUGAUGAAAGAUCGCGAUCUGGUUCCAGACGCACUUUUUGUGGCCAUGGCCCAAAUGAAACCGUGCAAACUUACACAAGCCGAUCGCGUGGGUUGCUACAAGUCCCGCGAGCUUGGCUUUGUUGGAAUGUGCUGUAAACACUGUGGAGGACAACCGGGCUUCGGAAGGUAUUACCCCAACUCUGUCCGAUCCCUGGCGCAAACAACCACGAGUCAAACGAUUCUAAAGCAUAUCGGAGGAAAGUGCAGGUUCUGUCCUCCACAAGUGCGCCAAGCAGUUCUAGAGCUGCAAAGGCACCAAGAAGUCAAAGAAGGCAUGACCUCCGGCCGCCCUCGAUAUGGCUCUCGAAAAAUCUUCUUUCAGCGUAUGUGGGCCCGUCUUCAUGGUGGGACAGUUGCUGAAGAUGGAAGCGAUUCCGACGAUGGCAGUUUAAUGGCUGAAAAGCCAGCUCACUCUUCUGCCGAAAAUGAUUCAGAUGCUGAAACUAUUGAAAACAGAGACGAUGAAUCCAAGAGCACUUCCAACAAGAGAGCACUCGAUCAUGCUGCGGAUGAUGAGGCAAACGAUGAGAGCAACAAGCGCGCUCGCGUACAAGCAGAACCAUAG